AUGGAAGUUCCAUCAUUAGUCCUAGUAACAGCGAAGUCAAGAGUGUUCAGCGCAGUGAAAUUAAUAUUCGCUUCAUUAUUAGGUAAUUCAUGUCCUGUAUUUUCAGAUAUAGAAUCGUCAGUAUUUUGCAAAGUAUCAGUUGACUUUCUGGGUCUUCCAGUUCUUCCCCGAGGCUUUUUCUUUGGUCGACCAGCUUUAAUCUUAUUAUACGAAAAACUUUCAACAGAUGAAGCACGUGAUGAAAGAGACAUAGAAUCAUUAGAUAAAUCAUUGGUAGUAUGACUUGACUCAACAGACGAGUCACGUGUUUUUCGAGAUUUUCUUGGAACGCAAACCUCCGAAGAGAUGCUCAAAGGAGUCAGCGGUUCCACAAGACUUUCAAUAUUGGCAUUUGCAUUAAUAUCAUGAUCACUAAAAGUAAACCUGCCCGAGCUCGAAGGCUUCCCAGGGCUACAUACAUUAUCAU